UCUCUCUCUCUCUCUCAUUGUUACAUUAUUGCAGAUAAAUACACUACAUUAUAAAAAUAAUAUUCUUUGGGAAGAACUGUGUUGAUAUAAUUUUAAGUAAAAUGACGGCACCAGAGGCAAUGCAAGUUAGUUCAUUGCCUUUACCACCUUUACAAUACAUCAAUUUAUAUACAGAUGAAAAUAUUCAUCGUGGAAGGGCACCUAAACCUCCACCUCCAGUUCAUGAUAGUUAUUCCAUGUUUGGCAAUGUAUUUAAUGCCGAUGAUAGUAUCAUCAGACCCUUAGAAGCUCAAGGAAUCAAAAGAUUAUAUCCUCAACACUUCGAUCGGCGACGUGAAUUGAAAAAACUUAACCAUUCUUUGUUGGUUAACUUUUUAGAUUUGAUUGAUUUAUUAGUGGAAAGUCCUGACAGUCCAAGACGUGCCGAAAAAGUAGAAGAUUUAAGUUUACUAUUCAUACAUAUUCAUCAUCUUUUAAACGAGUUCAGACCACAUCAAGCAAGAGAAACUUUAAGAGUUAUGAUGGAAUUACAGCGUAGACAGCGAUUAGAAACAACAUUAAGAUUUCAAAAACAUCUUGAAAAAGUUCAACAGAUACUACAGCAUGCCUUACAAAUGCUUCCGGAUACUUCAGAAUUAGAUUCCAAGCUUGCAAUUAAUAUUGAUGCAAUGGAAUCUAUCGAUACCUUAGGUUCUGAGCAACAAAAUAUGGAUACAUGUAGUCAAAGUGAUCGUAUUAUGUGUAAGACGAUAGAUGAUAUGAUAGCGUCAAAUAAUUUAUUCUAGGAUAUAAAUGUAGUGUUGUUAUUUUUUAAAAUAAUUGUAUUAUAUUAUUCAUAUA